AUGGGCCCGAGAGAGAAGCCAGCAAAGGCAGCUUCGAAGGACAACGCAGCAAAGGCAGCUGACAAAGUAGCAAAGGCAGCUGAGAAGCUUACUCCUCAGAAGCGCGCUGCGGAGGCUCCUCCAGCCGAUGCUGCUGCUACCACAGCCGAUGCUGCGCCCCGUUCUCCGCUUCUUUCGCCAACGUCGCCUGCUGCUGUGCCACCUGUCCAUCCACCGCCCGGGAGCCCUGCAGCUGCAAAGUCGCCAUCUGUCACAGCUGGCAUCCCUCCAGCGCCUCUUGCAGGCUUGACCCCGCGCCGUAGCAGCAAGCCCAAGCUUGCCAAGAACAAGCCGGCAGACGUUCCCAAACCGUUUGAGGUGACUAUCCUGCAGUAUGCGACCAACGGGGCUCGGGUGAACCCCGACUUCGAACCUGACGAAAGCGCCUAUGUGCUAAUUCUUGAGCACCCAGGCAGUAAGCAGCAUCCGAGUUGCUUGUACCAGUUCAAGGACAACUUGGGUGCCUACUUGCAGAUCUUGCACACCCAAGACCCCGAGACACCAUCCGAGCUCAUCAAGCUUGCGGAGUUCAUGCAAGUUCAUGCCGCCUUUGGCAGUGCACCAACCUGGGCAAAGAGCCUCUACACUGAGUGGCGGAGGGCCGUCUGGGCCAAUUGCUGCUUUGACGUUGCUGCACAACUUUGCGGCUUGUGGCUUCAGCUCCGCACUCCGAAUCUUCGCAACAUCGACCUGCACGUCUACUCCCCUGCCGAGUUGACUCAUGUCGGCGACAGCAAUCCGAACCACAGCCUGUGGAGUGCUGCGCCUCCUGCCAGCCGCGGACACCUCACGCUCAGCUGUCACAAAUCCCAGUUCACAGACGUGUUUCUCCGCUUGACCGGAAACACAUUUCCGUUAAAAGAAGCGAUGGACGAAUUGGACAUCGAGGGCGCAAACACCGCCGACGGGUAUGUGCGGACUACCCACCCCUUAGACUUCAACAACCGCUUCGACUUGGAUCUACUGGCCUCCAUCCGCAGCAUUCUUGCAGAGACCUUCCAUGUCGUGCUCAUCGCCAAUGAUGUUGCCCCAGCCCACGAAGCAACUCUCCGUGGCUACUUCCCUGAGCCUGAGGCCACCGGCUGA